CCUCAGCUGAAUAAAAAUAUCAAGCCAGUGGUGGAUUCUAUGAUCUCCAAUGAAUGGCUCUAUGGAGACAAGUUAAAAGAAAGCGUCAAGGAUGCCAAGGAAAUUGAGAAAGCCUGCGCCGAUAUUAAGGAGAAAACUCCUCUGAAACCGUCUCAAAAAUUUCAGAGUUCGGGAAACUCCAAGUACCCACCGGCGGCUUACCGUCCGGUGGGUCAACAACAGAGACGCUUCAUGAAAUUCAAGCCGAAGUCGAACAAGACGCAGCGUACGUCAUCGAAGACAGCAACGCGGUCGACGAGCCACUCAUCGUCGAGGAAAUAGUACAGAAACAUCAGCCAUCCACUGUCAUCCUACCUUUCCCUGGCGGCAGGGAAGUUGUCAGGGAGGCAUACACAAAGAAAGGACUUUCGGAUGAAGCUGCAGAUAUGAUGAUAAAUUCAAUCACAAAGUCCACCUUGAAGCAAUACGAGUCUAAUCUAAAACGAUGGUGGUCGUUUGUGUGUCUUAAUAAUAUCGACUUAUAUAAUUCAAAAACUACUGAUAUCAUUCAAUUCCUGAACAACCUGUUUAAGGAAGGAGCAAGCUAUACUACUCUCAACACUGCUAGAUCUACGAUAUCUUUAAUAUCAGCUUACGAUAUUAACAAUGAUGGCCUGAUAUCACGUUUCUUAAAAAGUGUAUUUAAACAAAGACUAUCCAAACCAAAAUAUAAUUCAACAUGGGACGUGGUCCCGGUGCUGAAAUAUAUAGAAAAAAUGCAUCCUCUUAGUCAAUUUAAAUUGAAAGAAGCUGCUGAAAAGGUAGCUACCUUGUUGGCAUUAACUACAGCUCAAAGACUUCAAACUCUAGCAUUGGUGAGAAUAGAGAAUAUAGAAAGAACAAAAACUGAGAUAAAAAUAAAAAUUACGGAGCUAACAAAAACGACAAAACCUGGAUCUGUAUAUCCGGAACUUGUAUUGCCAUUCUACAGAGAUAGACCAGGGCUUUGUGUGGCAUCAGCAGUUUUAGAUUAUAUUGAUAUUACUAAAGAAUUAAGAAGUAGUGAGACGAAGACUUUAUUUAUUGGAUCUACAAAACCAUACGGACCAGCCUCAUCACAAACCAUCGGCCACUGGAUAAAGUCACUCCUGGGAAAGGCAGGAGUAGAUACAAAUCAAUUUAGUGCAUAUAGCACACGGCAUGCAGCGGUCUCAACUGCCCACAAAUGGGGUGUGGACAUUUCGACAAUACGACGAUGCGCUGGUUGGACACCAAAUUCUCAGACCUUUUUUAAAUUUUAUAAUAAGCCCAUUCAGGCUCCUAAUAGUCAAUUUGCACGGGCAAUUUUGGAAAAAAUCUAA